AUGUUUGCCUCAUUACUCGCCACCUUCGCCCACGCCGCCAAACCAGACAACCCACCAAAUAACCAGCAACAACCACCAAAGGGCAAAGCAUUCGACCAUAUCUUCAUCAUCUUUCUCGAAAACACCAACUACGCAUUAGCAGCUUCAGACCCAUACUUCCAACACCUCUCUCAAACCGGAAUCACACUCACAAACUACCACGCCCUCACCCACCCCUCCCAACCAAACUACAUCGCAUCCAUCGGAGGGAACUACUACGGUAUAAACAACGAUCUUGAGACCUCCAUUCCUGCAAACUACACCACCAUUGUCGACCUCCUCGAACCCAAACACCUCACCUGGAAGACCUACCAGGAAGACAUGCCAGAAGUGUGCUACAAAUUCCCAAUGACACCAGACGGGUUAUAUUUCAAGAAACAUAACCCGUUUGUGAUCCACGAGUCCAUCGCAGGGAACGCGACCCGUUGCAGGAACGUUGUACCGGCGUCACAACUCCCUCUUGACCUCUUCGCCGCCUCUUCUCCAACAAUCACUCCUGGAACCCCUCUCCCGAAUUACAUGUACUACACACCCAACAUGCUAAACGAUGGCCACAACACAACAGUCCGCGACGCAACCCACUUCCUCUCCUCUUUCCUACCCUCUCUCCUUGCCUCCCCUACCUUCUUGCACACCAACACCCUUGUCGUUAUAACGUUUGACGAAACAGAAGACUACACCAUCAGCGACAACCUCGUCUACACCCUCCUCCUCGGCUCCAACGAUCUCGUCAUCCCUCCAUCCCUCAAAAACACAACCGACGCAACAUUCUACACCCACUACUCCCUCCUCUCGACCGUAGAAUCCAAUUGGGAUCUGGGGAACUUGGGCAGGAACGACGCGAAUAAGACGUUGGCGAAUGUGUUCAAGGUUGUGGCGGAUAAGACUGGGUACCAGAAUAUCGAGGUCGCAAGUGCAGAUGUGGGGGUGUUUAAUGAGACGAUUCCAGGGUUUUUGACAGGUGUGCCCCAUCAGAGGUCGUCUCAUGGUCCUGCCUCUUCUCCUUCUCAUGCCAACACUUUUAUUCCUUUGUCAACAAGUUGUCUUUUGGUCACCAUCGCAUUCAUUGCCGCUACCAUUGUCUAG